AUGAGUAAAAAAUUAUUUGAUGAUAGCGAUGACAAUGCGGAGGAUCAUUUUCAAUUGAAUACAAAUGAAGGAUAUGCCAAAACCUACAAUCAGUUAAGGAAAAAGGAACUGAUGCAAAAAUUUAAAGACAAAGGACUAAAUGAAUCCCUCACGGAAUCAUCAAGUGAUUCAGAUUCCUCGGAGGAGGAUGAAGUUUUGGAUCCCACAUUCGAUCAGGAAUUUUUAAGUACAUUAGCCUCGUUGAAGAGUAAAGAUCCAAAAAUUUACAAUAAGGAUGUAAAAUUCUUCGAAAAGGUCAAUAAACAAGUUGAGGUAGACAGUUCAGAGGAUGACGAUGAUGAUGGCGGCAAAAACAAAGGCAAAGGAAAGAAAGGCAAACCUGUCACUCUUAAGGAUUAUGAAAGAAAAAUUAUUUUGGAAAAGGGUGGAAAAUUCGUUGAUGAUUCUGAUGAAGAAGAGGGUGAAAACAGAAAUCAAGAACGUGCAGCUUCCCCAACUUUAGUGGAGGAAGAACGCCGUCUUAGGGAGGAAUUCAAAAAAGUAAUGAAUUCCGAUGAUUCCGGUGAUGAGGAAUUUGGUGGCAUCUUCAAAAAACGUGAGAAAACUAAAGCUGAAGAGGAAAAGGAAGAAGAGGACUACCUGAAAUGGCUAGCCGGUAAAAAAGAAACCAUAGAGACUGAGGCACAAGAAAAACUAAAACCUCUUAAAACAUAUUGGAACAGUGACAACUUGCCGUCAAGUGAAAAAUUUCUUCGUGAUUACAUUUUGAAUAAGGGCUAUACAGAAGCCAGUAAUUAUUCAGAAAUUCCAACAUAUGAGGAGAUUGUCGGUGAUAAUGCUCCACUUUCGGAGGAUGAAGAGGAACUGGAAAAACAAGCUGAAUUUGAACACAAGUUUAAUUUCCGCUAUGAAGAUCCUGAUCAGGAGUUUAUCAAAAGAUAUCCACGUACUGUAGAGUCCUCAGUUCGAAGAACAGAUGAUAAACGUAAGCAAAAACGACAGGAAAUUAAAGAACGGAAACAGCAAGAGAAACAAGAAAAAAUGAAGGAAAUAGAAAUGAUAAAGGAAAUGAAACGCAAAGAAAUCCAAGAGAAAAUUGAAAAACUGAAAAAAGUUACAGGAAAUGAUGAGCUUGGCUUUAAGGACGAUGAUUUAGAUGAUGAAUUUGAUCCAGAAGCCCAUGAUCGUCGUAUGCGUGAACUAUUCAAUGAUGAUUACUAUCAAGUCGAUGAGGGUGAAGAAAAACCCGAAUGUCCCUCAGAUAUAGAGGAACUGAAACUUGAAGACUGGGAUAAUUACGAUCCCCAACAAGAUUGGGAUGGUGGUGAUGAGGAGGGAGAUUAUGAGCCUCAUUGCGAGGAUGAUGAUUUCAAUAUGGACUGUGAUUAUGAUCCCGCCAAGGCCAAAGAACAAUUACAAAAGGAGUUAAUUGAAAACACAAAGACACGCAAAGGAAGGAAAGGUCGUCGUGAUCGUUUUAUGGCCAUGAUAAAAGCAGAGAAGCCGGUAUUCGAUCCAGAAGAUGAGAAAACCUAUGAAGAAUAUAUUGAUGAGUAUUAUAAAUUGGACUGUGAAGAUAUUAUUGGAGAUCUGCCAUGUCGAUUCAAAUAUGUUGAAACAACACCAAAUGACUUUGGUUUAACCAUAGAGGAGAUUCUUUUGGCCAAAAACAAGGAACUUAACCAGUGGGCUAGUUUGAAGAAGGCUAUACAAAUACGACCCGAACAAGUGGAGAAAAAAGAGCAAAGAUUAUAUAAACUUAAAGCUAAAAAUGAAGAGCUUAAGAGAAAAAUUUUCAAAAGCUUGUAUGGAGAAGGAUCUGAUAAUGAGGAAGAGGAGGAAGUGAAAAAUGAUUCAGGAUCUAAUUUGACAAAGACAAAUCCUGGAGAUAACAAUGCAACUGAUACUAAAACGAGUAAUGAGACUGCUGAAUCAAAAAAGAAUAAAAAGAAGAGGAAACGUAAAGCUCAAAAUGCUGCAAUUGCAUCAAAUAUUGCUCCGUCAACAGGGGAAGAUGUUGAUAAUAGUACAAUAGCUAAAAGUAAUCCGGCCAAUGAAGAGGAGCCUCUUGAGAAAAAGCCUAAAACGGAAGAGGUAACCAUAACAGAAGAAUCUGUAAUAAAAUCCGCAGGUGACAAUCAGGCCGCUAAAAAGAAAAGGAAUAAAAAGAAGAAAAAAUCACAUAAUGGUCCAGUGACUGAAACGAAAGGCAAUGCUGAAGAGAACACACAAACAGAUAAUCAACAGAAUAACACACCAAAAGAACAACAAAAUAUGUCUGAGGACAAGAAACAAAACAGUACACCGAAACAAUUCGUAACACCGGCUAAGAAUAAUAAACAAAAUAAUACAACUGCCAAUAAAAAUCUACAACAUAAGAAGGCCAAUAAUCCAUUUUCCAAUCAAAAUAAUACGCAAAAUUUCCCUAAAAAUAAAAUCGUACCAUCAAAGGGAGGCAAUUCAUUUAAUGGCAAUCAAUACAAUGCAAUAAAUGAAACGUUGCCACCAUUGGGUCACAAGGGCCAAAAGAAAUCGAAACCGUUCAAUGGAUCAUUUAAACCAAAGUUUGGUAACAACAACAGCAACAACAAUAAGAAACCAUUUAAGGCCAAGUCAAAUGGUGCUAACAGUUCAAAUGACAAAUCUCAAAAUAUUAGCGAUGAACGGCUGAAGGCUUAUGGAAUUAAUCCUAAAAAAUUCCACAAGAAACAGAAAUAUGGAGGCGCCAAUAAACAACAAAAACAAAACUAA